UCAUCAUUUCAUUGGGUAGCCAAAAAAGAAGAGUAGAUAUGUGCGACGCAAAUAAUGUUUUGAAGUUGCUGAUUGUUUUUGUUUGUUUAAGUUCAAUUUGCAGCAACGAUGAGUUUGGGUGUGAGGUUGCCGAAUUUUAUCCUUGGUAUUCCUAUAUUAGUCAGCUCAUCACUUAUAAAUCUAGCUCUAUUAAUGUAGUAGAUUUUGGAGCUAAAGGUGAUGGAAAAACUGAUGAUACUAAGGCGUUUCAGAGUGCUUGGAAAUCAGCUUGUUCGUCUAAGCAGGAUGUCACUUUUGUGGUACCAAACUACAAAACUUUUCUUUUGAAACCAUCAACAUUUUCAGGACCAUGCAAAUCCAACAUAACUAUCAAUAUAGGUGGAAGCAUGAUAGCAUCCGAUAAUCGCAGCGAUUACAGUAAAGAUAGGAGACACUGGAUUAUGUUCCACACUCUCCAUAAUCUCUCGCUAAGAGGUGGUGGAACUAUCAACGGCAAUGGCAAUAUUUGGUGGCAAAAUUCUUGCAAAAUUGACAAAUCUAAGCCCUGCAAGGUUGCUCCAACGGCCCUAACCUUCUACGAGUGCACAAAUUUGGUAUUAAAGCAUUUGAGGAUCGAAAAUGCACAGCAAAUUCAUGUCUCCAUUGAGAAGUGCAGAAAUGUUGAGGUUUCGAGAAUUGUGGUUAAUGCGCCACAAAAUAGUCCAAACACGGAUGGAAUUCAUGUGGCAGCCACUCAAAAUAUUCAAAUUUCUAACUGUAUAAUAGGCACUGGGGAUGAUUGCAUUUCCAUUGUGAGCGGAUCAAACAAGGUUCACGCCACGGAUAUUGCCUGUGGACCCGGCCAUGGAAUCAGUAUUGGAAGUUUAGGGGCUGGAAAUUCAGAAGCAUAUGUCUCAGAUGUUGUGGUUAACAGAGUAAACUUUUCUGGAACCACGAACGGUGUUAGGAUCAAGACAUGGCAGGGAGGAUAUGGAAGUGCAAACAACAUCAAAUUCCUGAAUGCAGAUAUGCACAACGUGAAAAAUCCCAUAAUCAUAGACCAAAACUACUGUGAUCAAGAUGAUCCAUGCAAAGAACAGAAAUCAGCUGUAAAAAUCAGCAACGUUCUGUACCAAAACAUAAAGGGCACGAGCGCUACCAACGUAGCCAUCAAUUUUGACUGUAGUAAGAGCCAUCGGUGCCAAGAAAUCGUGCUGCAGAACGUGAGCUUGGUAGGGGCAAAUGGUGGGAAAUCUAAAGCUGUAUGCACAAACAUCCAUUUGAAGAGCAUUGGAACAGUUUCACCUCACUGCCCUUAAAUUUUUAAAGGUGCUAUUAUAGACUUAUAGUAUAUAGGAAUAGUUGCAUAGUUAUUGGUGUACAUAAGCAGGAAUUAUGAAGGAAAUUGUUUUUCAUUCAUUGAAUAAAUACAGCGUAGGCUAAUCUUACAAAAGGAAGAUGCAGUUAUCAUGAUUAAUAAAAUGUCUCUGCUACCGUUGCUACUCAUGGUGUGUUCUGAAUAACUCAACUUGUGACG